ACACCUCUCUCAACUUCAUCAACUGGCAGCUGAGGUACUGCUUCUUCAAAUUAAACUCUACCCUACAUCCACUGGAGUUUGACAUCCUGGACCAAACACUUCGAGACAACGUAUCAAGGAUAGGACAAGUAGAUUUUAUUAGAUUAGCAAGUAAGUUGGCGAGUUUAGAGUCUAGACAGAUUCCGCAAAGAGAUAAGAUUUACUGUAAGAAGUUCUCUGACCACAAAUUUCACGACAGAGUUGUUAAUUUAUCCUCACACAAUUUCACAAGGAAUGAAUUACAAUUUCUAGAGAAAGGCCUUAAAUACAUUCCUUUCUCUAAUACCUCCCAUAGAGAUAUCCAAGAAUUAGCAGUAGACUGUCAAGUCAUCUUAAACAGACUACCAAAAGAGAGUGUGGAUAAGUUAACACCUCAGCUCAUUUCCGCACUUAACAAGAUUGAUGAUGGUGUUGCCUCCACCCAGAGCCCUCCUUCUGAGGACUCUCGCAUUUUAAGAAAGAUCUCAAAGAUGAUAAGCGCUCAGAACAAUCUCAUCAUCUCCAAGGCUGAUAAAGGUAACGCCGUGGUCGUCCUGGACCGGGCAAAUUACAAGCACAAAGUGCACGAGUUUCUGGACACAGGCUCUUUUUCUAAACUACCUAGAAACCCCAUGAAAUCUUUUAUGAAAUUGGCAAAAUCAACAGUCAACGAUUGCCUUGAGACCCUCAAAUAUUUCAAUUGCUCCACCUUCAAUUUGAUUCCGAUGAACCCUAGGAUUCCCCGUUUGUACGGCCUACCUAAAAUCCACAAGCCCGAAUGUCCCAUCAGACCGGUCGUUUCUUUUAUAAAUUCUCCCGUCUACAGACUGGCACACUGGUUGAACACCACACUGAGGAACAUCGUCCCCUUCGACAAUUCCUACUCCGUUAUCAAUUCAGGAGAUCUGACGGACAAACUGAGGAAUCUCGAACCACCCCCGGAUUCCUUUCUGGUCUCUUUCGAUGUCACCAACCUGUUUCCAUCGAUACCGUCCAAGGAGUGCCUUUCAAUCGUAAAAGAUCUGCUCUUUGACUCGGGUAUUCCAGUUUCCCAUGCGCUAAACCUGUUCUCUCUAACCGAAUUAGUACUAGAUCAGAACUUCUUCGUCUUCGACUCCGAUUUCUACGCUCAGGAUUCGGGUCUGGCCAUGGGUUCCUCCCUCUCCCCCCUCCUAGCAGAGAUCUUUAUGAAUAAAUUAGAGAAACAGAUAUUUGCACACCAGGAGAGUGGCAAGAUCAUAUUCUGGUACCGAUACGUCGACGACGUUCUGGCACUCUUCAAGGGCUCUAGGGCUGAUCUGGAUGUUUUCUUGAAUUUCAUCAAUGGCCUCCACCCCAACAUUAAAUUCACACUUGAGGUCGAGAAGAACAACAGUCUACCCUUCCUAGAUCUGCUGGCGAUCAGGUCUGACAAGUUAUCGUUCGAGAUCUAUAGAAACCCACUUGCACGGACUCGGUUAUUCCAUUUGAGUCGAACCACCCCCCGAAAUCCAAGAUCGCCGCAUUCAAUUCACUGAUAUACAGAUUGUUUAGGAUUCCCCUCAGCCCUGAGUCCUUUGAUAGAGAGUGGAACAUAAUCAAACAGAUAGCGGUUGCACCUGAGUCCAUCUGUUACGCGAGAACCGAUUUCCACCCCGUCAAUCCACUCCCUCCCCCUUACCCCCUCAGACUGUCCUCCGCAACCCGGGAUUCGUAGAUUCGUCAUCAAGUAUGUAGGCAAAGUCUCGCUGAGCAUAGCCAAGAUCCUAAAGAGCGAGGGGCUAGACGUUUCCUUCAAGUGCAGUGGGGGGCUCUCGUCCUGCAUGUCUCUUUACCAAAGACAGAUUACCCCCAAUGUCAUCCUCGGGUGUAUACAAGAUAAGGUGUGGUUCAUGCAACGCCGCCUACGUCGGACAGACAGGUAGAGAGUUCUCGGCUCGACUCAGAGAACACGUUAAGUAUAUUGAUAAAUAUUCGGAUACGGACAUGGUGACCACCCCCUCAACUUUCGCCAAUCAUAUCCUAGAGAACAAGCACUCGUUCGAUCCGGCCCUGUUUAAGAUCCUUCACAGGUGUAACAAGAGCUCAAAACUAAACUUCCUAGAGGUCUUGGAGAUUUUGAACUGUCUGAAUGAUCCGUCAGAGAACUGCAUUAACGAUCAGUCUAAUUUUAUUGUACCGGUCUAAACUUCCGUCUGUAAUGGUAAUUAAAGCUCAGGGUAAGGGUCCAUUUUAUUAGUAGUUCUUGCAAAUUUUAAAAUUUUAGUAGCUUUUGU